AUGGCCAAGGUGUCCGCGAGUACGCACCAGGAUCCAGCCAUCCUCGACAUGAUGGAGAUCAGCAAGAAGCGACCACCGAAGCUCAAGUCAGCCGAUCGGACUGUGUCCGUGCGCAUCGACAACUAUUCGCCGGGCAGUGGGGGUGGUGGCGGACCUGGUAGUGCCGGAAGUGGAGGUGGAGGAGCACUUCCGGGUAGUGGGCCAGGUGGAAGUAGCCCGAUACUGCUCGAUAGCAGCCUGAUCGUGCACCAUAGCCCGGUCGAGCGGUUGUCACCGAUCGCGAUGGCAAAGCACUCACCUGACCCGAAGGUGUUCUUCCGUGGUGAGGCCUCACCGACUUCGCUGAAGGUCGAAGACCCGUGGGCUAUCGCUCGGAAGCAGUUUCGGCGGUCUGACACGCUACACGUGUACUCACCAUCGAUGCAUCAGCUGCGCAAGGCGACAUCGUUUCACUCACGCAGCAACAGUGGUGGUUCGAAUCCGGACGAGAUCGUUGCAGCACCGAUCAUCCGGCAUAGUAGCGUGCGUCACACGCAUAUCUACCCGCGUGAGUACCUGGUAAAGCAGGACAGUGGUGGUGGUCCCACAGGUGGUGGUCCCACAGGUGGUGGUGGUGCUGGUAAUGAGGAUGAUGAUGAUGAUGAAGAGCUGACGGCAGCUGGCUAUCGGCAGCACUCACCCAAUGUGGGUGCGAAUCGACGGAACUGUCACAUGCACAGAUCGUUUAACGAUCAGCAGAAACGCAACGCAGCCUUCCUGCGACGAGAUUCGGUCAAGUUCCACUCACUUGGUGAGGAUAUGCCGGCGGAAGUGGUCGAACGAAGCCCGCGUGAGACGAAGAAGUUCAGCUCAGCGAACGCAUCGCUCGAGAAUGAGAUCUACCGAUCGCGCAGUAACAGCCGCUCCGACAAGAAGGGUGAAUCGUUCUCGGACUUUGUCAGCCGGCAGAACAGCAAGAAGUAUAGCCACGCGAAGAACAGCACUACCAGCCUCGAUCAGGCGCUGCCGUACGUUGGUGGCAGUGGCGGCGGCAGCUUCCGGCGAUCGCUGUUGCAGCACUCGAAUGCACACCUGCUCAGCCCAAACCCACCCUUUCUGGAUGACUUUAAGCCGCAAAAGUCACCCAUCUUCGAUCAGAAGAAGUCGUACUCGCUGCGGUACAAAAACGGUCGGCAGGAUGCGCGUGACAACUUCAAAGCGAAGAAAUCGAAGAGCUUCAUCGUUGAUCUCGAACCACCGCCACCGGCCAUCAUCAGCGCCACCGGAAGUCCGUAUCGGAAGGACAGCAUGGCAUUUACGCCCGAGGAAGCGGACAAAAUCUAUAAGGCGUCACGUAAGCUCUCCUCUAGCCUGAUGCUGGAUGACAUCGGACGCACGGAGAUCUCGCCCAUCCCGAUGGACAUCAUGGACAUCAACUACGGUGUGAUCAUGAAGACGUACCAAAUGAACCGCCAGAAGUCGCUGGGUGCGUCCCGUAAAGGACGUCGGAAAUUUGCCGACAAAAAGCUGACCGGCAGCAGCUUCGAUGAUGACACGGAAUCGUCGAAGAAACGCAAGCGCAUCGUCUGCAUCGUGAUGACCGUCUUCCUGGCGCUCGCCCUGUUCAGCGUGCUGGCUGUAUUGGUGACACUGACACACACCAGCUCGGGUAGUGCCGGUGGUGGCGGUUCGUCCUCGCAAACAAAGACACAGUACACGUUCGCGCGCGACACACCGAUCCACGCCAUCCCCACGUACAUGGUGUCGAAGGACUCGCCCAAGCACUACAAUGGCGGUGCCAAUUGA